AUGGGUGGACGCACAUUACAUGUUAUGACGUCUACUUGGCUGAACCGCCCAAUUAAUCCAGUACUUGACCACGGCGUUGAUCUUCGCCUCGGGGCUGGAGCCAAGACCGAAGACUCCUCCAAGCUGGCUGCGAGGAAGUACGCUCGGAUAAUUCAGAAACUUGGAUUCCAAGCAAAGUUCAAAGAUUUCAAGAUUCAGAACAUCGUGGCUUCUUGUGAUGUGAAAUUCCCAAUAAGGCUUGAAGGUCUUGCCUGCUAUCACCACGCUUUUGCAUGUUACGAGCCGGAGAUAUUUCCAGGACUCAUUUAUAGGAUCAAAGAGAAGAAAGAGACGAAAGGAGCGGGUGUUGUGCUACUAAUCUUUGUGUCUGGGAAGAUCGUUAUCACAGGAUCCAAGAAGAGAGAAGAGACCUACAAAGCCUUUGAGAAUAUAUACCCGGUCCUCACACAAUUCCAGAAGAAGUUCAGGAGAUAGGCCAAGCUCGAUUAUCUUGGAGUUGUGUGGUCUUUUAGCCCCUUGGAUUGCUAAGCUUGCUUCGAUUUUUUUUGUUCUUUUAAAGAAUUUUGAUUUUUGAUGUUUGGAAUAUGAGAAAGAUCAGUAUAUUCAUAUUACAGAUAAUAUAUUUGAAAGUCUUGUAAUCCAUCUAAGGCAUACUACAGAUAAAUCAUGUAACAAACACGUUGCUCGACUGUAUGCAUCGGUAGCAACGUGGUUUCGUGUUCUAACACAUACAUAAUAUGAGAAAACUCCUAUUUCUUAA